AUGCGUCGCUCUGGCACCCUAUGGAUUUUGGGCCUGAUGCUGGCCUUGCUGCUGGAACAGAGCUACUUUCUGCACGAUUGGUUUCUGGAUUUGGCACCGCACUUAGGAUGCCCUCCAGAUGUGGUCUGGCGACGCUCCUUGAGACGUCCGUUGGCCGCCCUAACCAUCGAUGACGUGCCGCUGUUGAACUCCCCUUCCACCCUGGAGGCCAUUUUGGAUGUGCUGAAGGAGAACCAGGUGCACGCCACUUUGAUGAUCAUGUCUGGCUUUGAUGUGGCGGUUGAGCAUGGUGGUGCCAGCCCGGAACUUCGGAAGAGAUACCGCGAGUUAUUGAAGCGCGCAGUAACAGAGGGUCACGAACUCGGCAAUCACUUGCAAUUCGACCGUCCUGCAAUUGCGAUGGCCGCCGAUGACUUCGACCGUGCCUUCGAUCAUUGUGAUCGUCUCAUCAGUGAACUGAGCGGAGGUGCUUGGAAGAAGAGUUCGUAUCAUUGGUUUCGACCAGCGUCGGCCUUGUGGAACAAGCACAUGCUUCGCCGUGCGCGAGAGAAGGGCUACCGCACAGCCAUCGCCAGCUGCUAUCCGCAUGAUGUUGCUUCUGUUACGCGUUUUGUGAACAGCCUUUACCUCAGGUGUCGUGUACGCCCGGGGGCCAUCAUAGUGGUGCAUGACCGCUGGCACACGGCGGAGACGCUCCGGAAAGCCUUGCCCGGCAUUUUGAAGUCAGGAGACAGCGUGCAGCUGCUCGUCAAGCUUGGCAUUUUCACCGUUCUGGUGCUGCCCCGCUGUCGAAACAGUCAAACUGGUUGGACUUAUGGCAAUCAGGAGGAGAUUUCCGAUGGACCUUGGCAUUAUCAGGGAAGUGCGAAGUCACCGAGAAGGAACACUCACAAAUCGCCGGCAAGGCCGGCCAAGCAGACCAAGCCCAAGCAGAAUCCUGGACGUCGAGUGCCUCCUGCCGAACCUCAUUGGGAGCCAGAUCGACCCAGCAAAGACGAAUCGACCGCUUCCUCAACUACGGUCUCUGCAGCCGAAAUGCAUUUGAAGGAAAUAUUGAAUGCAGUUUCUCAGAUGGACCAACCGCUCACCGCAGACAUGCAGAAGGCCAUCUCCAAUGCUCAGAAACUUGCAGCCAUCGAUCCAGCCAAGCAAUUGCAGAGUGCAGCAUCACGUCUUCGAUCCGCACGAGAACAAUUAGCCAAGGCGCGCACAGCUCGUCAAAACAUGCACGAGUCCUGGGCCAAGUUCAUCUCGGAGGCUGUCGUGCGUUGGAACAAACAUAUCGAGGAUUUCGAGGUCAAAGAUGCCGAGCACGUGGCAGCUAUUCAGACGGUCAUGGAGAAAUAUCAAAGUGCCAAAAACGAGGUGGAAGCUUCCAAGGAAGCGGUGGCUGCCUCGGACCUCACAACAGAGGACAGCAUCGAAGUCAACGACGACGAGCUGAUGGCCGACAACACACCUGGUAUUCAGGACGACUUGCGUUCCAUGGUCAACACCCUCGAACGCAUUCGCGAACGCCAAUCCGAAAUGACCGACGACAAGCUUGCCAAGAAGCCUCGCAUCGAGAAAUCGGACGAGAAGGACGUGGAGAUCAUUGGAAGCCAAAGCAUGCAGCCUUUUGGCAAGGGGGGCAAACAGACUUGA